AGCACAGUUGUCAGAGAGCAUAACUAUGGACUUCACAAUACAUGGCAGUCAAAGUGCAAGGACAGCCAGACCAGCGAGUGGAAGACCAAGGAGUAGUCGCAAUCCAAUUACAGGAGAAGAAGUAUCAUACUCCAGUCCUGAGCCGUCCCCAAGGGUCGCUAGGCAACCAGAGCCUAGAGAAGACAUUCCUAGUGGAGCACACAGCCGUCCUUUUAGCAGGCCUGAACAUGUACCUGCUUUGAAUCUUGGAAGGUUAAAAGAUGAUGAAUAUUUUGUUGAGGGAUCCUACAGGCAUGCUUACAACAUCAACACACCAAAUACGGCCUCCACUAUCAGUUGGGGCACCCCUGCAUCUACUGAGAGAGAGCAGUAUUACCAACAACAACCUUCUCAUAGAAAACCUAACAGACUGAAGCAGAAUCAACAGCCUACAGCCUGGGAUAAAGACCCAGUCCCCGAGGACCUCCCUGCUCCCUCACAAAGACACAAGGACCAGUAUAAGCAAUACCAAGAUGAUAUAAAGCAGUCUUAUAGGAAUAAGAAUGCCAUGGGAGAUUCUGAGGCAGAAAUUACAAGAAAGAUUGAGGAGUUAAAGUUGAAGAUCCCACAAGAUGCUGGAGAUUCUGUAGAAGAUGAAGCAAUGCAGAAGCAAUGGGCACCCAAGGAUGAUAGCAAACUACAAGCCCUCAAGAAAAUGGACAAGGAGGGAUUGGAAUUAGAAAAAAUGAAACUGAACCUGGUGGAGACUGUAAUGAUAGACCAGCUGUCAAGACCUGUUAUGAGUGACCCUGACCAAGGAAUGAAGUCAUAUAGAGUAGCAAUGUCGCAUGUGCCAGGUAUGCAGAGAGGGGCAAUAAGAACACUGCAUGAUUCAAAGGUACAAACCACGGGAACUGCAACUGAAAACCUAUUGUCAAAGAAAGUGAGGUUCGGAGCAAGGAUCCUAACAAGGAAUGGUCAUGAUGCCCUGAGAGAUCUUACUGGUUUCUUCUUUGCCUUAGACAACACUCUGACGAUAUAUGAAUUCAGACAGUUUGGAAAAAGUGCCAAGGCAUUGCCAUUUAUAGCAAGAGGUACCUACAACAGAGAAUGUGGUAGAAGGAAGGGUGAUCCAUACACACUAGUUGAUAUACAAGUGGGUAAAACUUUGCUGUUUCCUACAUCAGCCCAACAUUCUCUGCCAUCAACAGUGACAAAUCAGAAAUAUGUUGCAUUUAGAAUCACAGAUGUCGAUAAUGAAGCCAAAGAGAAUAUUUUACUACCAAAUGUGCGUCCCUCUCAGAAGAAUGAAGUUUGGAAUAGACUACAUAUGCCCCCUAGUAGAGAGGAACAGGAAGAUAUUGAGAUACUGAAUCUAAUACAAGGCAGUGUAAGAAAUAAACUGAAGAAACGAGGGAUCAAAACUGUGACAGGUCUUGGCAGUAACUUUAGAAAGGCCGACAGAUCAGGGGAUGGUUUAAUAAAUAAGUUUGAACUGGAAAAAUCACUGAUUGACUUUCACAUUGAAAUACCAGAUGAGUACUUUGAUAGAUUAUGGGAAAUAAUGGACACUGAUGGGAGUGGAUCUCUGGACUAUGGAGAAUUCAUGCGGGGAAUUUUAGGAGAAAUGUCAGAGUUGCGAAAGUUUAUUGUGAGAAAAGCAUUUCGCAAGAUAGAUGCGAACAAGCAGGGGAUGAUCACAUUUGGCAACCUUAAGAAAUUUUAUAAUGCAAGGGCACACCCGAGUGUACAGAAAGGUGAAGCAACUGAAAUGGAAAUCCUCAAUAUGUUCCUGGAGUCAUUCUCUCACUGUAGAAAUAAGGAAGAGAUCACAUAUGUGGAGUUCGAAGAGUAUUAUGAAGGACUGAGCAUAACCAUUGACGAUGAUGAAGUAUUUGCAAACAUUUUGAAAUCAUCUUGGAACCUUUAAGGACUAAAUUAAGACAUUGUG